ACGAUGAAGUAUGAUAAAAUAAAAAAAACCCGUAAUCUUCGAGUUUAGUUAAAGGACGACGUUUUGGAGAAAGAAUGUUAGCAAGAGUCAUCGUCUUCACCACCAUUCUUAUUGGGACAUGGACAGGCGUAAGGUGUAACCCUGGCCGCCCGGAUAUUCAAGACUCCCACAAUGCAUCACGCAUCUUUAGUAUAGCGGAAGCGAACAGAAACACAACAGCAGACGGCUACCUUUCUCUUGAAGAGAUGGGGGAUAUCUUUCACAACUUUGACAUUAACGGUGACCAGUGUAUAGAUAAGACUGAAUUCAAGACCCAUUGGGACGAUCUGAACCUUGGAGACGAUGACGCUGCGGACAGGUUGUUUCUACAUGCCGACACUGACAGAGAUGGUUGCAUCCAGAGAGAUCCGGAUUAUUCCAGACUCUUCUAUUACUUCGAUAGGGAUGAUGACGGAAGGAUAUCAGAAGAGGAAUUCAAGCGUGUUUGGUUCGCCAUGUCGGCAUGAUUUGUAACGCAUUAAACUGAUGUAAAAUGAUUACGACAAUAAAUAUGUAUGAACU